AUGGAGAGAGUUCAUAUCAAAACGGAGGAAAGCCGGGCAGGGCUGCCUCCAGCGCACGCACAGGGCGUGCUGGUGGGUGGCGCGAUGAACCAUGGACAGGUGGGAGCAAACUAUGGGGCGCCUGCGGGCGGCGGGAUGGGAUUCGGCGGUCUCGGGUCACCCGGGACGCUUGGGAUGCACGGGGCGUCGGGAACGCCUGGAGCGGCGGAAACCGGCAACUUGCGGGAAGCGGGAGGAGUUUUCCCGCACCUGAGCAAGUACCAGCUCAACAACAGCGGGGGGAUGGCGGACUCGUCGCUGCAGGAGUGCCUGUCUCCUUUUUUCCAGCCGUUUGGCGUGGACGUGUCGCACUUCCCGCUUACAAACCCUCCGAUUUUCCAGAGCUCGCUAACAAACUUCUCGGACCACCCGCGGCGGCGCCGCAUCUCGAUCUCGAACGGCCAGAUUAGCCAGCUGGGGGAUGCCACGCACACCUUCGACGAUCUGUACUACACGCAGCCCCCUCCCAUGCCCAUACGCCAUGAGAGGCAGGACGCCCAGCCACACAUUGGCGAGAGCAAAUCGGUCCCUCCGCAGGGCGCCAAGGCCGCACCGGCUCCAGUGCAGGUCCAGGGCGCUCCCACAGCACAGCAUUUCCUUCCGCAGCCUGCUGCUGCGGAUGUGGUGCCCGGCCAGCAGCACGGCCAAUUGCAGGUGCCACCUCAGCACGCGCAGCACCCACAGCACCCACAACAUACCCAGCCCGUGCAGCACGCACAGCAGCCUAUGGACGGGCCCCACCAGCAUGCUCCGGUCCCUGACGAGCUGUACUCAAAGGAUAGUGCUUUCUCCUCCUCCUUCAGCACGCCCACGGACGCAUCCCUCCUGGUUCCCGAAAACUCACGUCCGCCCGUACAGGCUUUGCCAAAAGAAUACCAGGUUCGUCCCAGAACAACGUACGAAGACGGCCCCGGGACGCCAGAGUGGAAGCGCGCUCGCCUCCUGGAGAGAAACCGGAUUGCGGCUUCCAAGUGUCGUCAAAGAAAGAAGAUAGCACAGCAGCAGCUUCAAAAAGACGUUUCACAGCUGACACAGGAAAACAGGUUCAUGCGUAAGAAACUGGACUACUACGAAAAACUUGUCAAUAAGUUCAAGAAAUUCACCGAGAUACACAUGGCGUCAUGCGGCGGGUCGGAGCAGCUCAGCGUGAUUGAAGAUCUGCUCAAAAUAGACCAUAACAUCGACGAUAAACAAGGUGGCUCUUCUCAGUCGACCGAGGAGGAAGCGCGGCUAUAA